AUGGAAUAUAAAUAUUAUAAAAAGGAAGAUAAUAAAUGCAUAAGUUUAAAUAAUUCUUAUGAGUGUGAUGAUAAUAGGCAAAAAUUUUGCCAUGAUUAUAUAAAAAGCGAAUUUUAUAAUGAUGAAUUUCCAAAGUUAAAUAUUUUUACAAUAAUAAAAAAUGAAAUAAUUAAUGUUUUAACAACUAUAAAAAAACAUGAAUAUAAUAAAAAUUUAGAUUCAAGUAUUAUAGAUGCAUUAUUUAUCUUAUAUAAUAGUAUUAAUAAUUUAAAUAAUAGCAUAAAAGAGGAAAUAGAUAUAAAUGAUUUUAAUAAUAAACUUGAUAUUUAUCACAUAGCUCCCUUUUUAAAUAUAAUAAGAAAUAAUAAUAUUUUUUAUAAAAUAAAAUUAAAUGCUUUGCAUUCAUUAGACCGUAUUUUAAAAUAUAAUAGCAAUAAUUUUAAUGAACAGAAUUAUGAAAAUAAUAUAAGUAGUAAACAAAUAUCGUAUAUUUCUAUAGGUAAUGAAGAAGGAACUAACAAUAUUGAAACAGAAAAAAUAAAUAAAAAAGAUUCCCAUUUUUUUGAUGAGAAUAAUUUAAUUAAUGUAAAUGAUAAGCAUGAUGAAAAUGAAAUUCAAAUGAAGAUAAAUGAAAAAAUACCAAAAAAAAAAUAUCAUUUUUUUAAUAAGAAUUAUAAAUUAAAUAAAAAAUCUAGUUCUAAAAAAGAAGAAAAUUCAAAUUUUCUGAUAAAUAAAGGAAAUAAUAUUAUAAAUAUUAGUAUAGAAACUUUAUUAAAUUCUCCAAUUAAUUAUAAUAAUAUUAGUCAAGAAGAAAUUAUAUUAUACGAUACUAUAAUUUUAUUUAACAAUAUAAUAUGUAAUGCAAUUAAAAUGAUAGACCAAAAAAAUAUAAUAAAAAUAAUUUGCUACAUUUUUAAAAUAUAUAAGAACAAUAAAUAUUCUUUAUUAUUUAAAGAUAAUUGUGAAUCUGUAUUAGUAAAUAUUUUUUAUGUUAUUUUGAGUAGUUUUAUGAAUAAUGCAGAUCAUAAUUCCAUAAAUGACUUACUGAUUAUAGUAUUAGUUUUAAUAAAUAAUAAUAAGAAUAAAUUUGUUUUGGAAUUAUUAAAAAAAAAAGAAUAUAUAAGUUUAUAUAAAGAUUUAUUUGAAAAUGAUAUUUCUAAUGAUAAUAUGGAAAACAUUAAUUUAUUAUCUUUUAGAUUAUUAAAUAUCUUGUUAGAAAUAUGUGGAUGCUCAUUUACAAAUAAAAAUAUGGAUGUAUUAACUAACAUAAUAAGAUGUUUAUUUAUUCAUAUUAACUCUUCUUCAUAUAUUCUAAUAUGCAAGUCAAUGAGAGUAUAUGUAAAUAUUUUUAUUUUAUACAAAAAGCAUUUUUAUAUUUAUAAUGAAAUUUUUAUUAACAUUUUAUUAGAAAUACUAAAAAAAAAUUCGUCAAAAAAUAUAGCUGAAAUAGCUUUAUUAACUAUAUCUCAUUUCUGCUUAGAAAAUGUUUUAUUUGAAAUAUAUUAUAAUUAUGAUAUCAAUUUAUAUGCAUCUGAUUUAUUAGAGAAUUUUAUUCAAUCAAUACUGGAAAUGUGCGUAAAUUUUAAUCAGAAUACUACUAUUGUAAAUGAAGUAAUUUUUAAAAUGAUCAAAAGUAUUUUAUAUAUAUCAAGUCCAUGUAAAUUUUGUAACAACAGUAAAAAUAAUGUUUUUUUGAGAAAAUCAAAUAAUAGAGUAUCUGAAGCUUCUGGAUAUGAGAGCCAAUUAAUUAAUGAUUUUAGAAGUGAUAUUUAUUCAAAUACUUAUAGUAGUGUAUUAAAUUCAAACACAAAUGAAAAUUUUACUUCAUAUGAAAAUAAAAAUAGCAAUGAGCUAGAAGAUAAAAAAAAAAAACAUAAAAGUGAUAUUUAUAGAAAUGUAACAAAAGAAAUUACUGAAAAGAUAAAUAAAAUGGAUAGUGAAUGUUUUUUAUGUAAAAAUAAAAGAGAGAAUCAAGAACAUACUGAGAACAAAAAAAAUAACUGCUCUUCUGAAAAGGAUGAACAUAGAGAAAAUUUAUCGAAAAAAGAUGACUUAAAAAAAAGUAACAUGAAUAAAUUAUAUUCUUUAAGCUUUUUGACAUCAAUUGAUGAUAACAGAUAUAUUAAUUUUUGUUCUAUAUUAUUAUUUGAAUAUUUAAAAGAAUAUAUUAAAGUUCAAUAUAUUAAAAAGAAAAAAAAUAAAAUGCGUAAAAAAAAACUAAGGAAAGAAAUAUUAAAAAAAUCUGCAAAUAUUUUUAAUAAAUUAAAAAAUAAAUCUAUCGAUGAAUUAAUUAAAAUUAAAAUAAUUGAAACACAUGAAACUUUUACAAAAAUUGAUAAAGGCAAUUAUACCAUUGAUCUAGUUACGAGCAAUAAUAAAAAAAACUUAAUUAAUUCUUCUAGUUUAUCAUACAAGGAAAAACCUUCUACUAUAAAUGAAGUGGAUAUAGAAAAAGAAAGAAAUGAUAAAGGUAGUAAUGAUGCAAAUGAUACUAAAAAUGUUAAUGAUAAUAGCAAUAACAUUACUAUUUCUAGUCAUAAUAUCAUUGAUAAUAUUAAUGAUGUAGAAAGAAAACAAGAAAAAAACAAAUUUUAUAAUAAUAAUUUAACUAAAGAAAUAAAUCUAGAUGAUACAUAUGAAAUAGAAAAAAAAUUCAAUGAAGAAAAUGAUAACUACGUGGAUGAUGUAAGUAAUUUAGUUGAAGUUAAUAAUGAAAACAUACUUAAAGAUGAAAAUAUAAACGUUGAAAAAAAAAAAUGCAUUUUGUAUGAUGUGUCAUCAGAAAAUCCAAACAAGAAUGAAGAAUUAAAUAAUAAAAUAGACAAAAAUAAAAGCGAUAACUCAAAAAAAUCAAAAGGAAAAGACAUUUGUAAAAAAGAAAAAAUUGAAAAAUUAUCAAAAGAAGAAAGUAAUGUUAAAGUGGGGAAAAACAAAAACAGUGAUCAUGUUAAAGAAAAAGAUAAUAUUCCUGUAGAAAGUAAAUCUUCACAGAAUAAUUCUAAGUGCAGCAAUAUUAACAAUAUGCAAAAAAAUUUAAUAGAAGAUGAAUAUUUUCUCAAAUCAAUAACAAAAUUUUUGAGGUAUAACCCUUUUUUAGAUAAGGAAUUUAUAGGUGAAUAUAUAUCCCACAGGAAAAAUAUUAAUAUUUUAAAAAAUUAUGUGAAACUAUUUGAUUUUUGCAAUUUAUCGUUGUUAUCUUCAUUAAGGUUAUUUUUAUACUAUUUUAAAUUGCCUGGUGAAGCACAACUAAUAGAAAGGAUAUUAGAACAUUUUAGUUUAUGCUUUUUUUAUUCAAAUCCAAUACAUGGUGAUUUAGAUUCUGUUUAUAAAUGGGAAAAUAAUAAAAUAGUAUGUUUAAUGAAAGAAGAAGAAUUAGCUAAUGUCAAAAGGUAUAUUCUAAUAGAUAAUUUAAAUAAAACAAAUGAUGAUAAUAAUGAUAAAAUCAACACCCAUAUGAAUAAUAAUAAUACAUGUGAUAAUAAAAAUAAUGAUCAUAAUAAGGAUAAUUAUGUGAAUUAUAAUAAAAAUAAUAGUGGAAUUGAUGAUAUUAGAAAUAAUUUAGGAUAUAAUAAUAUUCAAGAAAAUAUAAAUUUAAAAAAAAAUGUUGAUAUAAAAGAUUAUGUUCAUAGGAAUGUUUAUAUUACUUCAAAAAAAAUUCAAUCAAUGAAUGAAGAAGAAAUAAACAAAAAAUAUGUUAUUGUUGAAAAUAGUGAUGUUAUUUUUAUUUUAACCUAUUCAAUUAUUAUGCUGAAUACAGAUUUACAUAAUAAUCAAGUGAAGAAUAAAAUGAAAUUAGAGGAAUUUAUUAAAAACAAUAGGGGUAUAAAUAAUGGAAAAAAUAUAGAUAGGAUAUAUUUAGAAAAUCUAUAUAACUGUAUAUUACAUGAGGAGAUUAAAUUAUUUUCAAACACGCAGAAUUCAUAUACAAAUGAUGAUCAAUAUUGGAAGUUAUUAGAAAAAAGGAAAGAACAAUAUAAAAAAUAUCAUUAUAUUAAAGAAAAGGAAGUAUAUUUCUAUAAAUAUGAUAUAAACAAGCUAAUUAUAAAAAAUAAUUUCCUUCAUAUAUUUUUUGAAAUUUUUAAACGAACUAAUGAUUAUAAUUUAACAGAAAAUUGUUUAUGCAUAUUUAAAAUGCUCAUAAAUAAUUUUUCGUAUUACUAUGAUAUAAUAAAUAUUAAUAAAUUAUGUUAUAUAUUUAAAUAUAUAAAUUUUUAUUUAACUCAAAAAUCUCAAUCAUUAUUAUAUCUUUUUUUUUAUUUUGUUAAAAAGUGUCACAAUUUAUUUCGUGAUUGUUGGUCUAUAUAUAUAAACAUUAUAUUCAAAUUAGUUGCAAUUGAUCUUGUACCAGUUUUUUUUUACCCAUAUAUAUAUAUAAACAAUAUCCAAUUUAACAAUGAUAAAGAUUUUUUAAAUGGGAAGUUUAAUAAAGGAAAUUCAUUAGAAACAUACAAUAUAAAUAAAAGCAUAACAGAAAUAUAUCAGCAUCCUCUUUUAAUUUUUAAGAAAAAUGUGAAGAAAUUGAAUAAAUCUAAGUGGAUUGAUGAGUUUAGUAAUAUUUUUUUUUCAAAAAAUAAUAACAGUGAAAAUAAUAAUUUAUCUAUUAUAUUUAAAGAAAAUUACUCUGAAAAAAUAGAGGAAGAUAAAAAAAAAAAAAAAAAAAAAGAGGAAAAGCAACAAAAUUAUUUAAAUAAAGAACAGGAGAAAACGGACACACAAGAUAACUCAGAAUUAAAAAAAGAACAAAACGAUAACAAAGAAGGCCAUGAUGAUAACAUUGAAGAAGAUGAAUUAAACUGCAUUUAUGUGAAUAUUAAAGGAGAUUCCAAAAAUGUAGACAAUAGUACUAUAAUAGACAAUAUAAAUAUUUAUAAAAGAUUAAAAUUAGAUAUUUAUAAUUUUUUUACCUUUAAUGAUUUUUAUAAUAAUAUGAUCACAAAUUUAAAUAUCAAUAGUUUUGUGCAUUUAAUAAGGUUUUUAAUAAUUAAAUGUUCAUUUAAUAAAGAAAAUGAAGUAAAUAUAUUAAAUUUAAGCAAUAAAACUGAAUUGAAUAAUCAAUAUUCAAAAUCUCAAAUUAUUAAUAGCAGUUAUUUAAAUAAUGAUAAAUAUAAUGGUCUUAAUAAUGUUCAUGAUCAUAUAAAUGAUUAUAAUCCUGUUUUGGUUAAUUCAGAAAACUCCUUUGAUUUGUUUUGCUGCAAAAAAACGAAAAUAUUUGCAUUACAAAUGUUCUUUCAUAUUAUGUGUUUUAAAAUUAAUUAUACAUAUGUAUUAUAUAAUAUUUUAUGCAAAAUAGGCAUGAAACAUUUUAGAAAAAAUUAUAUAGAUAAUAUAGAGAUAAAUAAUAUGUUUGAAAAAUCGUACGAAAAUUUAUUCGAUAUGAGCAUUGAAGAAUAUUCUGAUGAAUCUAUUCAAGAAAGUAAAAAAGUAGAUGAAAUAAUAGUAGACAAAAAAAGAGAAAAAAAAAAAAAAAAAAAAAAAAAUGAUUUUAAUCUUUCUUUAAAUAAUAUAUAUGAUACAGAUAAUUCAAGCAAUAGCUCACUUAGUGAUUCAGUACUUAGUGAUAUAUCUAAUGAUUCUUUUAUUGUUAGGAAAAAUCAAACAACUAAGAAUGAACUUUAUCUUUAUCUCAUUAAAGGUGAAGAAAAAAUUCAAGAAAAUAAAGAGGAUCAAGAGGAAAAUAAAAAUUUCAAAAAUGAUUGUGAAUUUGAUAAAAUUUAUGCAUAUGCUGAUAAUGGAGAAGAAGAAAAAGAAAAUGAGAAAGGAGAGAAUGAAGAAACUAUUGAUAAUGAUUUUAAAGAUGAAAUAAAUUGUUCUGCAAAGGAAAAUUCAAGUAACCAAAAAUGUUUAAAUGCAGAAAUGAAUACAUAUAUUUGUAUGAACAGAAGGAAAGAAUUUUUAAUUGAUAAAAUUAAAAUGGAUCUUUAUAUGAAAACGUAUAUUAUGCAUUUAAAAAUUAUUGUAAUUACUUUUGAGCAUUUUUUUAAAUUAUUAAAUAACUUUUUAAUAAUAAAUUACGAUGAUAGUAAUAUUUUUAUUAAUAUAUAUAAUAGUAUUUUUAAAAAUUAUAAAAUGAAAAAUGUAGAAAUAAAGACAGAAGAAGAUAUUUCAAAAGACAAGUCAUAUCAUAUUUAUGACAAAAAUUUUGAGGAAAUAGAUAAAAUUUUGAAUUAUGAAGAUGAAAAAAUAGAUAUACAUGAUAUAGAAAAUAAAUUAUUCCUUAUAAAAAGUUGUAAUGAAGAUACAGAAAAAGAAUGGCUAUUCGUUGAGCAAUUAAUUAUGAGUAUAAUGAAUUUCUCUUAUAUUUGUUUUAAUAUAUAUAAAGACGAUAAAAAUAAAAUUAAUAAAAUAAAGUUUAAUGAAGUAAAAUAUGAUACUUGUUUUACAAAAAUUUAUUUUCAACUUAAGAAAAAAAAUAAGAAAUUCUUCUUUCUAUGUGGUAUAUAUUUAUUAUAUAUUUUACAAUUUUUAAAGAAAAAUAUUUUAUAUCGUUAUAUUGAUAAAAUUAUAUAUGUAUUGGAAAAAAUUUCUAAAAAUAUCUAUGUAAACAGCUGCAUAAUAAAUAUAUAUUUACACAUAUUGCAAUUAAUUACCCCAAAUAAUAUUUUAUAUAAAAAUACAAAUAAUACAAAUAUUUCCUUAAAUGAUAAAGACAUAUAUAUAUAUAUAGAAAAGGCGACUAUAUAUACAGAAAGUAUUAACAAUAUAAUAAAUAAUAACAACGUUUUAAUAAAAUUAAACAAUUUUAAUAUUGAAAAUAUUAUUUUAUCAUUGUUACCAUACUUACUAUUUUUUAGUAACAAAAAAGAGGAAAUUAAUGCACACAUUGCUUCAAUUAAUUCGGAGUGUUUACAUAUUAUAUCAAACAUUUAUUACAAAAGUAUAUAUAUGUAUAUGAAUAUUUCAAAAAAAAAUAAAACAAAUAAAAGUAUUAUUAUAAACUGUGAAAGUAGUGAUCAAAUUAACCUUUACAAAAGAAAUGAUGAUUUUCUUUUUGACAAAGUUAUUGAAUUAAAAAAAAUGUAUAUAUUUUUAUUAACAUGCUUUGUGCUUUCACUAGCAUGUUCCUUCAGUUCUAAAAAAACAAGAAGUGAAGCAUACAUAAAGUUACAGCAAUUUUUAUUUAAUGAAAAUUAUAUUUUUAAAAGAGUAAAUAAAAAUGAGAUUAGUAAUGAUAAUAAAAAUGAACAAAAUGGUAAAGAUGAAAAGUAUGUUUAUAGAGAUGAAAAAUUAAUAGAUUUAAUAAGUAAUUUUAUUAUUUUACCAUUAAUAACAUAUAAUUAUUACUUUCCUUUUAUAUGUAAAAAUAUGUAUUUAAAAAAAUACAAUGAUGAUAAAGAACAAAAUAGUAAAAAAGAAAAUGAAACAAAUAAUAGUGAAGAUAAUUCUAUUAAUUGUUUCAUAUCUAAAACUAACUAUUUUAAAGAGGCAUUACUUAAUUUUAAUUUGUGUAGCAAAAAUAAUAAAUAUAUAUGUGAUAAUAUAUGUGGAAAUAAUGAAUAUGAAAACUGUGGUUGCAUUAUUAAUUAUAAAAACAUAGAAACUAUCAAUGAAGAUUUAAAUAUAUUAAAUAAUUUAUUUAAUUUUUCAAAUGAUUAUUAUAUACAUACUAUGUUACAUAAACAAUACAACUAUUAUUUUAGUUAUUUAUUUGCAAAAAAAAUGUUAUCAUAUGAUAAUGUAUGUUAUAGAAAGAGUAUGAGUAUCAGUUUUGUAAGUCAUAUUAUUUUGUCAUUUUUAUAUUCUUUACUGAAUUGUUCAGGAGAAAUGUGUGAUAAUAAUAAUAAUAGCAAUAUUAAUAAUAGAAAUAUUUUUAAUAAUAAUGAACCCAAAUCAACUGAACUAGAAAAAGAUGAGAAUGAUUCUACAUUAUAUGACAAAGUAAAAAAUAACCAAAUAAUUGAAGAAGAAAAUGAGAUUAAUUUAUAUGAAUUACUUUGUCUAAAUAAUGAAGGAACUUACAAUAAAAUUGUGACAAAAACAAAAUGUGAAAAUAAUUGUAUUUAUUACUUUUUGAAACAUUUUUACCAAGCAUUAUUAACUAUAAAAGAAGAAGCAAAAAAAAUUUUACAUAUUUAUAAAGAAACAUUCAUAGAAAAUAUUAAAAAUAUUAUAUAUGUAUCUUCAUCAUAUGCAUAUUCUUUAAAAGAUUAUAGAAUUAAUUGUUUUUCACAUAUUAAAAAUGGUUUAUUUUUUUUAAAUGAAGAAGAAAAAAAUAAUUUAAAGUCUUAUAAUAAGGAAAAUAUGGAAAGAAAAAAAGAUUCACAAGAUUUUGAUUUUGACAGUGAUAUUUUCAAAAAUAUACUAAAAUUGCAAGUUAAUGUGAGAAUUAGUAUAUCUAUUGUUUAUUAUAUUUUAUAUUCCGACAAUAGUCAAAAUAACCAAUUCAAACUUAUUUUUGAAGAAUUAUUAAAUGUUUUGUUAACAAAAUAUAAUGAAAAUCCAGAUGAAGUGAAUCAGAACAUGAAGGAUGAUGAAAUAAUUACAGAAAAACAAGAAAAUGAACAUGGAAAUUUACAAAAUGAAGCUAUAAAGGACAAAGAUAAUGUAAAUAAGGAACAAGAAGAAAUUAAUAAAAAUAAUAAAAAUGAAGAAAAUAAAAAAGAUAAAGAAGGUAAAAAAGAUAAAGAAAAUAAAAAAAGUAAAGAAAAUAAGAAAGAUAAGGAAAAUAAAAAAGAAAAAGAAGGUAAGAAAGAUAAGGAAAAUAAGAAGGAAAGAGAAUAUAAAAAAGAAAAAGAAGAUAAAAAAAAUAAUGAUAGAGAAGAAUAA